UGCACAGGACAUACACUAUAUUACCAAAAGUAUUGGGACACUCCUCCAAAUCAUUGGAUUCAGUUGUUCCAACCACCUCGAUGGCCACAGGUGUAUAAAAUGAAGCACCUAGGCAUGCAGACUGCUUCUACAAACAUUUGUGAAAGAAUGGGUCACUCUCAGGAGCUCAGUGAAUUCAAGCGUGGUGCCAUGAUAGGUUGCCACCUGUGCAAUAAGUCCAUCCGUGAUACUUCCUUGAUACUAAAUUUUCCACGGACAACUGUUAGUGCUAUUAGAACAAAGUGGAAGCAGCUGGGAACAACAGCAACUCAGCCACCAAGUGAUAGGCCACUUAAAAUGACAGAGCAGGGUCAGCGCAUGCUGAAGUGCACAGUGUGCGGAGGUAGCCAACUGUCUGCAGAGUCAAUAGCUAAAGACCUCCAAACUUCAUGUGGCCUUCAUAUUAGCACAACAACAGAGCUUCAUGGAAUGUGUUUUUAUGGCCGAGCAGCUGCAUCCAAGCCUUACAUCACCAAGUGCAAUGCAAAGCAUCAGAUGCAGAGGUGUAAAGUAAGUUGCCACUGGAGCAGAAAACAGUACUUGCCUGACUGCAUUGUGCCAAGUGUAAAGUUU